UAUCUAGUUAGAUACUGUAUAUUACAAGUGGAAAAUGAGGUACUUCUUUUUGUAAAUCAUUUGGAAUUUGAAUUUGAGGGUAACAUAAAUAAAAAUGCAAUAUGCCUUGGUGAUGUUGAUAAUGAUGGACAAAAUGAAUUAAUUGUUGGGAAUGAAAAAGGUGUCCUUGCAGUCUUUAAAGGAGAAAAUCCACACCCAGUUCAUGUAGGAACAGAACUUGGAAUGGUGUCUGCAAUUUCAGUUGGUGAUGUGUUUAAUACCGGUCUUAAUGUGUUGGUGGUGGUCACUGGAUGUGGCUAUUGCUACAUAUAUGACUUUGAGGAUGAUCAUCUAGGAGAGCCCACAGAAAAGAAAGUACUACAACCAGUUCAUGCUCAGCGCAUCCCUGCCAAUGUUAAAAUAAUGCUAAUUGGUGAUGUAAACGGGGAUGGGUUUUCAGAGUUGGUUGUUGCCCUGACUGAUCGUGUUGUUCGUACGUACAGAUGGGUAAAUUCUGGUGAAGUUGUUGGUGGCAAGUCAUAUGGCAAACUGAUUGGCCUCAACAAAUGGGAACUGGGAGAUCAAAUUGGAAGUAUUACAUUUAAUAGGUGUAAAGAUGGAACCCCUUCACUUUUGGUUGCUCAACCAGGUGGUACUUACUUUACUUUAAAAGUACAGCGCACUAGUCAGGAUUAUGAGUUAGAUCCAUUUGAUGAGCAGUCGUCAGAGCUGUUGACUAAAAUGUCCCUUGAUUAUGAGCCGCUGGCAUCAGCAAGACUCCGCAAUCCCAACAUUCACACAGAGAUCUGUGGCAACAUCAGAUUAAGUAAAAUAAGUUCUCACAGUAGUGAAGAGGAAACUAAUGAAACUUUAAAAGAUGUAGUACAAGCAGAUACCAGUAGAUGUGAAGAAACCCCUUGUGAAAUUUCUAAAACUUCAGAUUCAGAUUCUAGUCGAGUCAGGUCCAGCAAUGAUGCAUGUGAUGCCUCUCCCUAAAUGUGUGAUAACCUAAGGCCAUUUCUCAGAAACACAAGAUCAUCUGUCAGAUCAUGUAUGGAAUCUAAUGAAGGAGAAACUAAUCUAGCCUCUGCCUAUGCAUUGGCUACUUUGGAUGGUACAUUGAUGUUGGUGCAUGAGGGUAAAAUUCGAUGGAACUUACAAGUGGAUCAUCAACUUUUUGCUGUUUGUGGACUGGAUGUCACAGAAGAUGGCAAAGAUGAGGUCAUAGCAUGUGCAUGGGAUGGGAACACCUAUAUAGUCUGCCAGAACACUGACUGUGUUCGUUUUACCUUCCAUGAGCCUGUUAAUGCAUUCACAGCAGGCUUAUAUGGUCUUAGAGGAAAGCAGGUACCCUGUCUAGUGUAUGCUUCAUUCAACAACCGUAUCUAUCUAUAUCAUAGCAUCACCAUGUCCCACGUUGUCACCAAAUCCAUGGUAGAAGUCUUAAAGGAGGAUUCUAUGUAUCAACAAAUGUUGGACAAGCUUGGAAUUAGUGCUGAUGAUACUGCAAAGCUCAAAGAACUAAAUCAUUUCCUGUUGUAUGGAAAACUAGAGUAUUAGUUCUCAUUAUAAUGUUAAGGGAACUUUUGUUCUGUAUGUGCCAUUAAUGUGUCCAAGUUGAGGAAGUGGAAGCUUUAUCGAGAGUCUUGAUUUAGUACAUUCUAAUAGCAUUUAACACAAUGCUGUACAUAUUCUGGAGUGAUCUAAAUUAAAGUACAAAAUUUC